AUGCAUACAUAAUUAUCCUGAAGUAUAUUUCACAUUUCCUAUAAUGUACAAAUUACCUAAUAGACAGCUACCAGCCGAAACGGUAGAGUUUUUUUCAUCGUCUAUAUACAGAAGUAUAUCUAGCUCAGAAUCUACUUUAAUUUGUUGUUACUCAGCUAAUCGUAAGUAAUGACAAGCAAUUUUCCGGUGGCAACCAACAACAAUUUCAUUGUAUUGUAAGAAUUUAUUUUCGUAUCAUAAAACGUGUUUACAAAUACAAAUGGCACGACGAAACUUACGCCCAACUGCACUGGGGGAUUCUUCCUUACAGGAGAAAGAAGCAAAAAAACCCCUUCGACUUUUGAACUCAUCCAAAAUCGAACAACCUCAAGUUUGUCUUAGAGAAUGGAAGUGUUGUCAAUUUAAGACAUUACCAAAUUGGCUUCAGGACAACCAAUUUCUUAUUUCUGGUCACCGACCACCACUCCCAUCUGUUCGAGAAUGCUGUAAAAGUAUUUUCCGUAUUCAUACUGAGACUAUAAAUAUAUGGAGUCAUCUCUUGGGAGCGUUAGCGUUUAUCGGGGAAGCCAUUCACUUUAUGAAUCAAGAGAAGAUUCCACUAGAACAAAAAUUGGUCAUUUCUGUAUUCUUCUUUGGAGCGGUAACAUGUUUCAGCCUGUCCGCGACCUUCCAUGCCAUCCACUGCCACUCGGAAUCGGUGUGCAAAUUAUUUAGCAAAUUGGACUACGUUGGAAUAUCCACAUUGAGCAUGGGUUCCUUCUUUCCUUGGCUUUACUACGGAUUUAAUUGUGACACAUGGAGUCAAAUGGUUUAUUGGAGUGUGACAUUUUUUCUUGGACUGGCGACAAUUGUUGCAUCAUUGUCAGACAAAUUCGGAACGCCACGAUGGCGACCAAUCCGUGCCAGUAUAUUCGCCGGAUUUGGACUCAGCGGUGUAAUUCCAGCCAUUCAUUAUAUUUCAGUACGAGGAUUUAUUCGAGCAUUUACAAUAGAUCCGUUCGGAUGGUUGCUUUUAAUGGCGGUUCUGUACAUCUUGGGAGUUCUUUUUUACUCAUCGAGAAUCCCAGAGAGGUGGUACAAGGGAAAAUGUGAUAUCAUGGGUCAGAGUCAUCAGAUAUUUCAUAUCCUAGUCGUUGCAGGAACGUACGCUAAUUAUCAUGGAGUUUUGCAAUUGGCCAAACUACGAGGAGCAGAUGGAUUCUGUGAAGGGAUUGAGAUAUAAAUAGGCGUUAAGGCGUUUCAUAAUAGUCAAUUACGUUUCACAAUAUCAUUUCUCUGUUAGUUAAUUUAUCCUGGAUACUGUAAUGCACUGAAUGAUUUACUUAUACAAAUAUUGGUGUGCAUUUGUAUAGACAAAUACAUAGAUACAUAAUGGUACAACGAUGGUACAAUA